AUGGCUCCAGCGAUCGGUAAGUCAACCCUGCCACCGGAGGGUCAACGACGACGAGCUAACGGACCCUCAAUAGGUAUCGAUCUAGGUACAACCUACUCAUGCGUCGGCAUCUUCCGAGAUGACCGCAUCGAGAUCAUUGCCAACGACCAGGGCAACCGAACCACUCCCUCCUUCGUCGCCUUUACCGACACCGAGCGUCUCAUUGGUGACUCCGCGAAGAACCAAGUUGCCAUGAACCCCCAGAACACCGUCUUUGACGCCAAGCGCUUGAUCGGCCGGAAGUUCAAUGAUCCUGAAGUUCAGGCUGAUAUGAAACACUUCCCAUUCAAGGUUGUCGACAAGGGUGGCAAGCCCGUCGUUGAAGUGGAGUUCAAGGGCGAGAUAAAACAAUUCACUCCCGAAGAAAUCUCAUCCAUGGUGUUGACCAAGAUGAGAGAAACCGCUGAAUCGUAUCUUGGAGGUACGGUCAACAACGCUGUCAUCACUGUCCCUGCAUACUUCAACGACUCUCAGCGUCAAGCCACCAAGGAUGCCGGUCUCAUUGCCGGUCUCAAUGUCCUCCGUAUCAUCAACGAACCCACCGCGGCUGCCAUUGCCUACGGUCUUGACAAGAAGGCUGAGGGUGAGCGCAACGUCUUGAUCUUCGAUCUUGGUGGUGGUACUUUCGAUGUGUCGCUCUUGACCAUUGAAGAGGGUAUCUUCGAAGUCAAGUCCACUGCUGGUGAUACUCACCUGGGUGGUGAGGACUUUGACAACCGCCUCGUCAACCACUUCGUCAACGAAUUCAAGCGCAAGCACAAGAAGGAUCUCUCCUCCAAUGCUCGUGCUCUCCGACGUCUCCGAACUGCUUGCGAGCGGGCCAAGCGCACUCUUUCUUCUUCCGCUCAGACUUCCAUUGAGAUCGACUCGCUCUAUGAGGGCAUUGAUUUCUACACCUCCAUCACUCGUGCCCGUUUCGAAGAACUCUGCCAGGACCUCUUCCGCUCUACCAUGGAGCCGGUUGAACGUGUCCUUCGCGAUGCCAAGAUCGACAAGUCCUCCGUCCACGAAAUCGUCCUGGUCGGAGGCUCCACGCGGAUCCCUCGCAUCCAGAAACUCGUUUCCGAUUUCUUCAAUGGCAAGGAACCCAACAAGUCGAUCAACCCCGAUGAGGCCGUUGCCUACGGUGCUGCUGUCCAGGCAGCUAUCCUCUCCGGUGACACCAGUUCCAAGUCUACCAACGAAAUCUUGCUUCUCGAUGUUGCGCCAUUGUCUCUCGGUAUCGAGACUGCCGGCGGUGUCAUGACUCCUCUCAUCAAGCGCAACACUACCGUCCCGACCAAGAAGUCCGAGACUUUCUCCACCUUCUCCGACAACCAGCCAGGUGUGCUCAUCCAAGUCUACGAGGGUGAGCGUGCUCGUACCAAGGACAACAACUUGCUCGGCAAAUUCGAACUUUCCGGUAUUCCACCUGCUCCCCGUGGUGUUCCCCAGAUUGAGGUCACCUUCGAUGUUGAUGCCAACGGUAUCAUGAACGUCUCCGCCGUUGAGAAGGGUACGGGCAAGUCUAACAAGAUCGUCAUCACCAACGACAAGGGCCGUCUGUCCAAGGAAGAGAUCGAGCGCAUGUUGGCUGAGGCCGAGAAGUACAAGGCCGAAGAUGAGGCCGAAGCUGCUCGUAUCGGUUCCAAGAACGGCCUCGAAUCAUACGCAUAUUCUCUCAAGAACACUCUCUCUGACUCCAAGGUUGAUGAGAAGCUUGAUGCCUCGGACAAGGAGAAACUCAAGGCCGAGAUCGACAAGAUCAUCUCUUGGCUUGAUGAGAACCAAGCCGCCACCAAGGAGGAGUACGAAUCUCAACAGAAGGAACUGGAGGGAGUUGCCAACCCCAUCAUGAUGAAGUUCUAUGGUGCUGAUGGUGGUGCUGGCGGCAUGCCCGGCGGUAUGCCCGGUGGUGGUAUGCCUGGCGGUCCCGGUGGAUUCCCAGGUGCUGGAGGCCACUCUGGUGGUGAUGAUGGCCCAACUGUCGAAGAGGUUGACUAA